AUGGCUACCCCCAUCCAAGGUCUGGCGCUGCAUGCUGUCGUGGACAUUCUCACCUUUCACACGCCUCUUACUUGGUGUUGCGGGCAAAUUGCUCGGUCAUGGAGACCGCGGCUGGUGGUGAGCGCCUCCCAGGGCGCCGUGCGGAUCCUCUUGGGGAAGCUUGGAAACAUCCUUGCCACCAAGUACGCGCUCCUCAGCGGCGUACGUGAGGAGAUCCAGGAGCUCAAGGACGAACUGGAGAGCAUGACCGGCUGCCUCCGCGACCUGGCUGAUCGCGACGACCACAGCCAGCAGACGAGGAUCUGGAUGAAACAAGUGAGGGAGGUGGCGUUCGACGCGGAGGACUGCAUCGACAAAUUCUGCCGUCAUCUCGGCCAGCAUCCCGGAGAUGAUCCAGGACUAGCGAGCUACCUUGGCAGGAUAAUCAGCCUCCUGCGAACGAUGGGGUUGCGGGCUAAGCUGGCCGCCGAGAUCACGGGGCUUCAGUCUCGCGCCAAGGGCGUGAGCGACCGGCGGGUCAGGUACAGGCUAGAAGAUGCGGCAGGAGCUGGUCCUCGCAGCUCGAGCAAAUCGCUCCACUCCUCCGGCUACAAUCUGCGCCGCUUGCUUCCAUCUGAGCUCGGCGGCGGGUCAGGCCUCGUCGGGCUGGACGGCAGGACAAAUGAGGUGGUCGGCCUGCUGAAAUGCGGCGAGGCACCUCGCCGGGUGGUGUCCAUCGUCGGAUUCGGUGGCCUCGGCAAGACCACCCUCGCCACCGCCGUCUACAACAGCCCGGAGCUGCGCGACAUCCAGUGCCGCGCUUUCGUCGCUGUAUCCCAGACCUACGAUCUGCGGUCCCUUCUGGAAUCCCUGCUGAAGCAGCUUGUGGUUGUACCGGCGGGAACCUCUGACGAUAACCAUCCCCUCCGAGGAAUCAAAACCUGGGGCAUAACUGAAUUCCCCGAUAAGUACACAAAACACUUGACGGAUAAGAGGUACUUAAUCGUUCUUGAUGAUGUGUGGACGCCAGCAGCAUGGAAGUAUCUGAAUGAGUAUUUUCCCAAGAAUGAAAAACAAAGCAGAAUCAUAGUUACUACACGCACUCACGAUGUUGCAAGAAACUGCUCCACCCAUGACCAAAUCUAUGAGAUGAAGCACUUGGAGCCGGAAGAUUCAGAGAAGCUAUUCUUCAGGAUAGUGUUUGAGUCCGACGAAUGUCCGGACAGACUGCAGGAAGUCUCCACAGCUAUAUUAAAAAAGUGCAAUGGUUUGCCUCUAGUCAUAGUAAGCAUAGGUCGUAUGCUUGCUCAGAGGGAAAACAAGAUACCCGCAGAUUGGCAAAAGGUAUGUCGUAGGCUGGGUCCUGAACUAGAGACAAACCCCACUUUAGAGGCAAUGGGCCGGAUACUUACCCUUAGCUACAAUGACCUGCCCUACAAUUUGAAAGCAUGCUUCUUGUACCUGUGUGCUUUCCCCGAGGAUUAUGAGAUCAAAAGAGGGCCUCUGAUUAGGCGCUGGGCAGCCGAAGGCUUCAUCGCUGCCAUGCGUGGGCUGAGUUUGGAAGAGAUUGGUCAGAAUUAUUUCGACGAGUUCAUCAGUAGAAGCCUGGUCACCCCUGGAGUGAUUUCAGACACCGGCAAGGUCAAGAGCUGCAAGAUUCAUGACAUAAUGAUGGAAGUUAUAACCUCCAAAUCAGUCCAAGAAAACUUCAUGUCGUUCCUAGGGAGUUCGGAAGACAACAUUACAGCUGGCCAUGACAAGAUCCGGCGGCUCUCCAUCCAUCCCGGUGGCACCAUGGAGAAUAAAGGCUUCACCAGUCAAUACUUGACCCAUACCCGUUCUUUGACAAUUAUUGGCAGCACUCAAAAACCAGCAGCCAUCACUUUUUCAGGCUUUACUCUUUUAAGGGUUCUAGACCUCGAAGGAUGUCUAUGGUUAAGCAAUCAAGAUUUGAAGGACAUUUGCAAACUGUCUUUGCUGAGCUACCUGAGUCUUAGAAGCACAUCCAUAUCCGAAGUUCCAAAUGCAGUAGGGAAACUGAAAGAAUUGGUGACAUUGGAUGUAAGGGGAACAUCUGUGGCUGAAUUUCCCAGAGGCAUCACUAAGCUCCAAAAUCUGAAGCACCUAAUGACAGGCAGUUAUCAGUACUAUACAAGGUCACGAAGUGUUAAGCAUCUGUUAACUGGAGUGAAGCUACCUCGCGGAUUACAGAAUAUGUGUGCCCUGCAGAGGAUUUCUACCAUAGAUAUCAACAAAAGCUUCCGUUCAAUGGAUGAGCUGGGGGACUUGUCUCAGUUAACCAGGCUUUACGUGGUCAGCCAUGAGGCAGUGGAGGAUACAAGCAGGUGGGAGACCUUCGUCAAGUCCUUGAAUAAGCUAAGCAGCUCCCUUCGAUACCUAUCGAUUCAGCGAUUAAAACUAGCAUGUCAGCCCACAAAUGAUUAUAUAUCCCCACCUCUCUUUCUUCACAGCCUACACUUGUGCGGACGAGUAAGUUUGCCGCCAAACUGGUUUUCAUCGCUCAGUGACUUGGCCAGUGUGUCAAUUCGAGAGACUUACUUUGGCGCUGAGUUGAUAGAGGUCCUAGGGAAGCUUCCCGGUCUUCUUUCAUUCAAGAUAUAUGCAUCGGGAAUAGAAUCCACAGAAACUCGAUUGUGCUUUGAACCGGAUCGAUUUCCACAGCUGAAGCAACUGGUCCUCGAUAAUCCGUCAAAUUUCUCCGAGGAGAUCAGCUUUUGCGGGGGCGCAACUAAUCUUGAGAGGCUCACAUUGUCAAUAGUGAAGGUUCCCAGCAGAGGCAUUUCAGGCAUUAAUGACCUUCUGAAACUAAGAGAGGUUGAGUUCUUCGGCUCAAUUGUUCAAUCUCUGGUGAACACAGUAAUGGCUGUGGCCAGGGAACACCAAAAUCAUCCUAGAGUCACCUUAGAAGGUCAACCUACGGAAGAUCAAUCUACGAUAGCCCAACCCAUGGAAGAUCAACUACGGCCGGAAGCUGCCUAA